AUUACACAUUAUUAAUGGUCAAUUAUUGCAUGCUUUGUCGUGCAUAAUUUUUCCCAACAGAUGAACAGAUAAUGGUCUCAAUCUCAUGCUCCUCAGUUCAUUCUGUGUUCCGCUUUCCUAAAAACUUUGAGCAACCAUGAAGAUCAGGCCACUCUGGAUUCUGGCUUUGGUGGUGCCUGCUUCAUUGAUCAUCCAUCUUCAAAAGUCAGCACAAGUUUUUGCCUCUGAUGAUGAUCAAACUGAUACAGGCCGGGAGAUAAGCAUUGAUUGUGGGGUAACUGAAGAAAGUCAGGAUUCAAAUGGAUUUCAUCACGAGGCAGAUGAUGCAGAGUUUGUAGAAUCUGGCAAAAUAUACAACGUGUCCUCUGAUGACAUCUAUGCUAAUAGCCAAGAACAGGUUUGGGAGCAAAUGAAAACAGUGAGAAGUUUCCCGGAAGGGGUGAGAAACUGCUACACACUCAAACCCAAGAAUGGCAAAUGCAACAACUAUCUCAUUAGGGUUUACAUGUCAUAUGGAAACUACGACCACAAAAACUCCAUUCCAUACUUUCAUUUACAUCUUGGCGUCAAUUUUUGGGAAAAAAUUAAGUUCCAGAAUGUCACUGAUAUUCGACGAAAAACAGUCGUUCAACUCUCCCCAACAAACUACAUUGAUGUCUGUCUUAUCAACGUUGGUAAAGGGACACCUUUUAUAUCGUUGUUGGAACUUUGGCCUUUGUCAAACUCUAUAUAUCGAGCCUCCUCUAGUUUGCUCCCAUUAGGCCUCAUGACGUGUGUUAACCUGGGCAUGUCCGAAAACCUUAAAUUUAUCAGAUAUGCAGCUGAUAUCUAUGGUAGGUCCUGGUUAAAUGGAAAGAUCGACAACUCAAAGCCAAUAUACACAUCUGAAGGAAUUAACAUUGACGUGAAAGAGUACAGGCUGCCAAGUGAUGUGUUAAAAACUGCAGUCCGAGCACAGAAUGUUUCGUCUUCCUUAUAUAUCAACUUGACCUCCAUUAAUUUUACAGCAGAUAACGAGCAUUAUAUUUACCUUCAUUUUUUUGAUUUCGAGGAGCAUUCUAAUGGUGAGGUAAGAAGCAUGGAAAUCACUUUCACUGAUACCAUCCGAGAGCCUGUAACUCUUAAACACGAAGAUGUCCGUACCUUGGUUAAGAAAAUUCCAAAAGGGGUUAUUCUUAAUGGUAUUUCAAUCACUUCGACCCCAGGCUCUAGCUUACCCCCCAUGAUCAAUGCCUAUGAGAUUUACAGAGCACUGCCCCAACCAAAUACCCCAACCCAUGAAGAAGAUGUUGAUGCUAUGCGGAAUAUCAAACAUGCUUAUAACAUCAUGAGAAUCAGCUGGCAAGGUGAUCCCUGCAUGCCGAUAGAUUAUAGAUGGGCAGGUGUGACUUGCAACUACUCAGAGAGAAUUCCAAGGGUCACUUCUUUGAACAUGAGCUCAAGCAAAUUGGCGGGACAGAUUGUUACUUCAUUCUCUAAUCUCAUGACAUUGGAGGCCUUGGAUUUGUCGAACAACCAAUUAACAGGGGAAAUACCGGAAUCUUUAGCAGAACUACCCAAUUUGAAACUGCUCAAUUUGACAGGGAAUAAUCUCACAGGCUCGAUUCCCAAGGCUCUGAGGGACAAGUCAACUACUGGUUUAACUUUAAUUUUGGAUGGAAAUCCUGGUCUCUGUCAGACAAGUUCUUGCAAAGCCAUUACAAAGAAGUUCAUAAAACCACUUGUUGCAUCCGUAGCUUCUGUGGCAGUUCUUACAACAAUAGUCUACAUUUCUUUGAUGCUCUGCAGACAUAAAAGAAAACAUCAUAGUGAUUCCAAAGUGAUGCUGGUCAAGAAAGAUGAUCAGAUUAGAUUAAAGAAUCAAGGAUUUUCUCAAGCUGAACUUCAUAGAAUUACCAAAGACUUUGAAACUGAAAUUGGAGAAGGGGGAUUUGGAAAGGUGUACCUUGGAAGACUAAAAGAUGUUACACAAGUUGCUGUCAAGUUACUCUCUAAGUCAUCGCAGCAAGGGUUUGAUGAGUUUCAAUCAGAGGCAAAUUUGUUAUCUCUUAUUUAUCAUAAAAAUCUAGUUUCUCUUGUUGGCUAUUGUGAUGAUGGUGACAUGAGAGCACUGAUUUAUGAAUACAUGGAAAAGGGAAAUCUCCGGAACCUUCUAUCAGAUAACAACCCAAAUGUUUUGAAGUGGAAUGAAAGACUUCAAAUUGCAUUGGAUGCUGCAUGUGGAUUGGACUAUCUACAUAAUGGUUGUAAGCCGCCAAUAAUUCAUAGGGACCUUAAAUCUUCUAACAUCUUGCUAAGUGAAAAUAUGCAAGCCAAGAUAGCUGAUUUUGGACUAUCUAAAGCUUUUGCCAAUGAUACUGAUAGUCAUAUUUCAACUCGACCAGUAGGCACAUUUGGUUACCUCGACCCUGAAUUCCAUAGAUCUGGAAACUUGAACAAGAAAAGUGAUGUUUAUAGUUUUGGAAUAAUUCUGCUGGAGCUAAUGACUGGCCAGAGAGCAAUAACUGGAACAUCAGAAGGCACACGUCACAUAUCUGAUUGGGUGAAUCCAAAGCUUGAGAUUGGGGAUAUCCAAGCCAUUGUGGAUCCAAGAUUAGAAAGAAAAUUCAGCACAGCUUCAGCAUGGAAGCUUUUAGAGGUUGCCAUGUCUUGCAUAGCACCAAUAGCAAUCCAAAGACCUGAUAUAAGUUGUGUUGUUAUUGAUCUAAAGCAAUGUUUGGCCAUGGAAACAUCACUUGAAAGUGCAGAAAGCAGCAGUUUAAUCUCAAGCACAACAUUGGAUUCAAGUUAUUCUCAGUCUGGAAUGUCAUACUCACCUCCAUCUGCUAGGUAGGAUUAUCUGUAGAGGCAUGGUCUUUCUCCGAAUUUGAUUAUAUCCAAUCCCAGCAGAGAGAUUUGUUUUGCUUAGUCAAACUGUUUGUUUGCUUUAUUCUAACAAACACUUUUCUAUGAAGUUAUGUUUGGUUCAAGCGGACAGAGAGAGAAAAUUUGCAAAUGACAGAAUAGAGCUGAGCCAAGCCAUUAUAUACAGAUGUAUAUGCAUUGAAGGUUUUGUAUAUGUUGUUUUUAAUUAGGCUAAUGUGAGAAAUUGCACCGAAUCUGAAGUAAGAAAGUUUGAGAGGUAUCAAUUAAGAUCAUAUUUCGUAA